UGGUUUAGAAAACAAAAAAUAAAAAGACGAUUUUCCUAAGUUGGAGCAGAACACAAAAUAGUGAUGACGAUUGAUGACAAAAUUGGAAAGUAGUUGAUGAAUUAGAAUCGCGUUUCGCCUUCUCUUCCCUGCAACUGCGCAAUGGCGUGUUUGUUGAGAGCGAGAAACCUUUCAUUUUCGGUGGCGAGGCGCGUUCGGUGCAUGAGCAACGUACCCGAGAACAGCGUGUAUUCGGGGCCCAAAUCGCAGAACCCGAACCAGCGAGUGACGCUCAGCCACUUGAGGCAGAAGCACCGGGCCUCCCAGCCCAUCACCAUGGUCACCGCCUACGACUACCCCGCCGCCGUGCACCUCGACACUGCUGCCAUCGACAUCUGCCUCGUCGGCGACUCCGCCGCCAUGGUGGUUCACGGCCAUGACACCACUCUCCCCAUCACGCUCGACGAGAUGCUCGUCCACUGCCGCGCCGUCGCGCGUGGAGCCAAAACGCCCCUUCUCAUCGGGGACUUGCCUUUUGGCACCUACGAAUCCGGUUCCAAUCAGGCGGUGGAUACAGCAGUUCGAAUUUUGAAAGAAGGGGGAAUGGAUGCCAUAAAAUUGGAAGGAGGGUCUCCUUCGAGAAUUUUUGCAGCAAAGGCUAUUGUUGAAGCUGGAAUAGCUGUAAUGGGCCAUGUAGGCCUUACUCCCCAGGCCAUUAGUGUUUUGGGGGGGUUUAGACCUCAAGGAAAGAAUGUUGCUAGCGCUGUCAAGGUUGUAGAGACCGCAUUGGCUUUGCAAGAAGCAGGGUGCUUUGCUGUUGUUCUGGAAUGUGUGCCUGCACCUGUUGCCGCCGCAGCAACAGCAGCCCUUCAAAUUCCUACAAUUGGAAUUGGGGCUGGACCCUUUUGCAGUGGACAGGUUCUGGUUUACCAUGAUCUGCUUGGUAUGCUUCAACACCCCCACCAUGCAAAGGUAUUUGUAGCAUACCUUAACCUUGUUCUUCUUUCAAACAUCAUAGGAUUCAUUGCUAAUUUUGAGGUGACGUAUCUUUUUCAGGUUACUCCAAAAUUUUGUAAGCAGUAUGCGCAUGUAGGAAAUGUGAUCAAUAAAGCCUUACUGGAGUAUAAGGAAGAUGUGGCGAAUGGUUCGUUUCCUGAUGCUCUCCAUAGUCCAUACAAAAUCAGCAGAACAGAUGCAGAUGUUUUUUCAAAUGAGUUGCAAAGAUUAGGUUUGGACAAGGCAGCAUCUGCAGCAUCUGAAGCAGUUCAGAAGAUGGUUACAACCAAAUAAAUUGAUGAAGGAAACAAAAAAAAUGGUAAUUUAGUAUAGCUAUAGGAUCACCCUUCUUUUCUCGGUUGACGAUCGUUCUUCGUUUUCUUCCGUGGCAGAACAAAAUGAAGUUACUUAAUUUAAUAGAAGUUGAGUAGUUAACUUAUGAUAGACGGAUACCAUUUUUUUUAGGGAACAUUAUUUAAAUUUUAUUUACUUUUUUUUUUUUUUUUUUUUUUU